GCCACCCCGUUCACCGCUAGCCAGCACGAUCUCCUCUCGAUCCCUCCUCUGCCCAUCUCCUCGACCGCACGAUACCUCGCGGAUCCUUCGCAUCACCUAUUCGCCUCUUGAUCCCUCCUCUUGAUCUGCCGAAAUCCCUAACCCCAGCUCUGACACCACCAACCCUGCCUCCGCCCUCUUGUCGUCGUCGCCUCUCCCGCCAAGGAAGCGCUGCCUCUCCUCUUCCCCAUCCCCAACGCGCUCGGCGUCCCGGUACCGCUCCCCUCGCGGCCGCCGCAGCAGGAGCAGGAGCCGCAACAGCAAAAGGGGAUCGCUAGCACCAUGAAAAACCAGCUAGCCCUAGCGUUGCACCGAUCGCGCCGCGGCGGCGACCUCCCCCCAAUCCUCCCCAUCUCUCCCAGUCCAAUUCCAUCCUCAUCUGCCGCCCACCGCCAUGGACGACGGCUCCUCUAGCCUCCCCCUCUCCCCGCCGCCGCUGCCGCAGGUCUACCUUCGCCACCCCGUGCCGCCGCCCGCCCCUGCUCCUCUCAAGGUCCACUUCAUCCGCUUCUAAGGUGGUUGACGAUUAAAUUAGAGCUUAGCUGGUUCGCAUCUCGCUGAAGGAACUGCGGUUGCUGGAACUGCAAUGAAGGCGAAUUUGCUUGCUUGUGAAUGGAAUAUGCUUAUUCAAUCACCGACGACUACAGAUUGGUAUUGUCUCAGCAGCCAAAGAUAGUUGGAGUACAAUAUGGGACUUCAGUAUUUUAGCCACUAAAAGUAGAUCUACCACCCUUCAGCAGGACGGUACCAAACACAAGGAACAGACAAAAGAUGUUCAAUAUCCAGCAAGUCCGGGGGGCGCACACCACUCGGAAACAUAACCAACACUACCGAUAGGGUUGGCAAUAGCACUGUUGAUCCACCAAAGACAUCCAGUUCACUGACACCCCUUGUAGAUCCUAAAGAACGUAAGAGGCAACGGGACAGGGAAUGGUAUGCGCUGAAAAGGGAUGAAAUUCUAAAGAAGCAACGUGAAGAACAUCAUCAUAAGAAAGCACAAGCCCAUUUGAAAGAUGCCGAAUAGCAUCAAACUCAGACAGCAAAGAACUCUAUUCAAUUUCCAGAUGGUGUCAACAUUAGCAACAAGGAACAUACAUCAAAUGUCGAAAGUACAGAUAGACACGAAAGCAUCAUUGACGUCACAAUGACUCCAAACUGCCCUAUCACAGGUUCUUGAUGAUGCCAUGUUCUUGCAUGUGGACACAUCUUACAAAUGCGACACACAAUAUUAGAUUCCUGAUGAUAGCAUGUGAUCCCAUUUUAGGAAAUAAGUGUGUUCGCAAUGCAUCGCAUCUUAUUAGCAUGCCAGAAGAGCCAAUACAGCUACGAUGUACCCCUAAUAGCAUCAAGACCGUAACCAUUGAUGAUUGUGCCACUCACACUCCACCACCUAAUAAUUUGACGGGAGAGUUAACAAUCGAGCAAAUUGAAGCUAAACGAGUGAGAGAAUGUGCACGAUAUGCAAAUCUGACACCUGAACAAAAGAAAGCGAUACGUGAUCGUCGAAAGGUCUCCGAGGUAUUGCGACGCAGCACCCUAAGUGAGGAGCAGAUUGAAGCAAGUCGUGAACGUCGGAGGGUGCAUAAUAUGACACCCGAGGAGAAGCAGGCAAAGAGAGAUCGCGAAAAAGCAAGAAGAGAGUUGCGGCGCAACACUUUGAGCCAAGAUUCCAUCGCCAUGCAGAACCCAAUGUAUAUCCCUGAGAUGGUUCCCCUUACUAUGGAUGCAUCUGAUCCUCAUGGAUCCAGAGUCACAAAUGAUUGGUCAAUUCCUCCGGUCCAACCAACGCCUGUUUACAUCCAGUCAACUUCAGAUUAGAUGCCAGACAUGAAGAAUGCCAAUCAAAUAACGCGCAGACAACGUGUAACACCUGGAGAAAGGAUAGCAUUGCUAGCCCGUCGUAAUGAGCACUUUGCAAGUAGACGGGACAAGAAAGCUUAUGCCUCAAUAGAAGAAAAUCCAACUUUAACUGUAGAAGAUACCAAUGGUUUAGAUCCUCCACCACAGUCAGAAAAUACCUCUCUAGCCCCUCAAACUACCAACGUCAAAGCGCCAACAACACAUCCACCGGUUAGCGACGAUGGUGAUGAUGAUGGCGUCGUAUUCGAUGAGGACUUUGAAGAGGAGGAGGGCUACAUGUUCGCUGGUCAAGACGGGGAUACCGAUGGUGAGGAUAUCGAAUUCGAUGAAGCUAAAGAUGCCUCAGCUACUACCUCUAGCAUACCUGAUCCGUAUGACCACGUGUAUGACAAUAUACCCCAAGCCACGCACAUGUUGAAGCCUGUUGAAAACUGCAAGCAUUGCAACGUGAAGAAGUUCGAGCAUGAGACAAAUGGGUUAUGCUGCCAUAAUGGAAAGAUUAAACUAUGUACCCCAGAAACACCACCUGAGCUCAUGAGGCUCUGGUCGAGUUCAGACGUUGAUGCUAGGCACUUCCGUGAAAGCAUUAGGUUUUUCAAUGGUCAUUUCUCAUUCACUUCACUAUACUGUAACCUUUACGGUGAGACCAUUGACAUGAGAAAAAGUGGUAUUUACACGUUUCGUGCCCACGGCCAAAUGUACCACAACAUACGGUCGUUUGGUAUAGACGAGACCGAACCCAAGCACUUGGAGCUUUACUUCUACGAUGAUGAUCCUACUGUUGCCACGAAGAGCAGUACCAGCAAGACAAGGAACUUAUUAGAAAGCUGGUUGACAUACUUUGUGACAACCCGUACUCUGAACAACUCAGGAGUAUGGGACAGGUUGAGGACCUUGAUGACUACCGUGUGACACUGAACCUUGAUCAUAGGUUGGACCAGAGAACAUAUAACAGCCAGCCACUUCGGAGAUGGCCGCUGUUUGGGUUGAGGGGAGCGAACGCCGAAGGCACUUUGAGAAUAGCGUUAUCCUGCAAGGGAAGAACAAGCAAAUAUAUGGCAUCCGAUCGUAUCAUGGAUGCUAUGAUGCUCUGCCAUACCAUCUCUUUUUCCCUAGAGGCGAACUCGGCUGGCAUCCCGAUAUCCCAAAGGUCGGUGUGUCCAUCAAUGCGGUGACCGCGGCUUGUGCGGAUCGUAUGGCUCGUGGUAAUAAUCAUGAGGACCCAGGUUAGUGUUCUCAAAAGAUGAUGUUUGCACCAUCAAUUCUUGGCAUAGUACUCGUUGAUGUCCAACACUAACUUUGAAUGUCAUAUGCUCUGUGCAGAUUCUAAAGGUAGGCUAUGCGUGUCCGUGCGGGAUUACUACUGCUACAAAUUCCAGAUACGUUCAGGGAUAUUCAACCCAAUACUGUUUGGCAAGCGUCUUUUUCAGCAGUUCGCGGUCGACACAUACAUCAAGAUCGAAAGCUCGCGGCUGGACUACAUAUGGGCUCAUCAGAAGGAGUUAAGGGCGGACCUGUACCAAGGCUUGGUGGAUAGCGUGCAUGCCGGGGAGGGUAGAGCGGACGCGGUUGGAAAAUGGACCGUGCUGGCUACAUCAUUUAUCGGUGGACCUCGGGAUAAGAGACGUCGAUACAUGGAUGCUAUGGCUUUAGUGCGAAAGUAUGGGAAGCUGGAUGUCUUCCUCACAAUGACAUGCAAUCCAAACUGGGAUGAGAUCACACACGAGCUCUACCCUAGCCAAAUACCCCAGGAUCGUCCGGAUCUCGUCGUGCGUGUUUUCAGGGCGAAGCUAGAGGAACUAAAAAAGUAGUUGCUUGGUAAGCACAUGCUUGGCAAGGUGAAGGCCUACGUCUAUGUGGUUGAGUUCCAAAAGAGGGGUCUACCGCAUGCCCACUUCCUGCUCAUCAUGAAGGGGUGGUACAAGCUCACAUGUCCAGAGCAGUAUGAUUGUAUCAUCUCUGCCGAGUUCUUGGACAAGCGUAACUACCCAGAGCUAUACAAGAUGGUUGUCAAGCAUAUGAUGCAUGGCCCUUGCGGUGUGCUGAACCAUGAUUGCCCGUGCACGAAGGACCGUCCGUCAUGCAAGAAUCAUUACCCACGGUCUUUCAACGCGACUACCUUACAAGGAAAGGACUCCUACAUGGUGUAUAGGAGACGUGAUAAUGGCCGGCAUGCAAUGGUUCGAAAACACGAGCUAGACAAUAGGUGGGUUGUCCCAUACAACCCUUACCUUCUACGGCUGUUCAACUGUCACAUCAAUGUUGAGGUAUGCUCGAGCAUAAAGGCCGUUAAAUACCUAUUCAAGUACAUAUACAAGGGCCAUGACCGAGCGUCUGUGUCUGUGAACGAGGCUGACAAGGCUGACAGGAACGACAAUAUCGAUGAGAUCAGAUAGUAUAGGGACGCGAGAUGAGUGACCCCCCCGGAAGCCUUGUGGAGGAUAUAUAGCUUUGACCUAAGCAAGAACUCACCACCUGUGAUGCAACUACAACUUCAUCUCCCGAAUAUGCACAUGGUUUCGUUUCAAGAGGGCCAAGAUAUCCAAGAAGUGCUCAAUCGGGAAGAUGCUGAUAAGUCAAUGCUGACAGAGUAUUUCGAGGCGAACAAAGUACAUGAGCAUGCUCGGGGUAUCUUGUACCGAGAUUUUCCCGAGUGGUAUACUUGGCAAAAAGGCAAAAAUAAAAAAUUCUGGCAACGAAGGAGACGAGAAGGUGGACAAGUUGGUAGGAUCGUGUCAGCUCAUCCAGCCGAGGGGGAAUGCUACUAUUUGCGGGUUCUCCUAAACCACGUGACUGGCGCCACCUCCUUUGAUGACCUAAGGAAGGUUUACGGCAAGAUCCUACCUACCUUUCGUGAAGCCGCAGAGAGAAGGGGCCUGAUCGAGGCAGACAACACAUUGGAUGAGUGUCUUACGGAAGCCGAGUUGUUUCAGAUGCCACCAUCGCUCCGAAGGCUCUUCGCAACAAUAUUGGUAUUCUGUGAGCCUAGCGACGUGCGUGGACUCUGGAACAAGCACUUUGAGGCAAUGUCGGAAGACUAUCGCCGCAUCAAUCCAUGCACACUCGCGACCCAACAAAUGGUUUUAAUAGAUAUCAGAAACAUGCUACAGUCAAUGGGUAAAGAUAUACAAUCAUUCCCUCUUCCUGAGAUCGAUGAGGCACAUGACACGACAAACGGUGUGUGUCGGAGGGUGAACUCCUAAAGCAGGGAUCUGGAGGGACCCCCUUUGAGAUUCGGCCGGGGGGAUGAUUCUGAAUCUGUUUUGCGGGUGAAAUAAAUGGAUGUAAAUGCGAUGGCAGGUGGAAUGGAAUGAUCAAAUGCAGAAUGCAGUAAAUGCAUUGGAGGAUUUUAGAUAGGUUCGGGCCGCACUGAACGUAAUACCCUACUCCUGUGUGGAUGCUAUAAAGGCACUGAGAAUGUCUCUCAGGGAUGUUGCUGGUUAUAAGAAUGUUUGUCUAUCCUAGAGCUUCGGGCUCAUUGUUCUUCGGUGGUCUCAGCUUUUGUGCUUGUACUGAACCUCUGUCUCGUUCCUUGGCUCUCAGUGUUCGAAUCCGGGGAGAGAGUGAGAGAGUGUCUUUUCGUGUCCACCGGCUCCUCUUAAAUACUCGUCGGCGGUAGCGUGUCCCGAAAGGGAGGGUACAAGUUCCAAGGCACCAUAAAUGGAAAAGCAACUAUCAUGGGCUGCUGCGCGAAGUGACGGGGGGUUGAAAACGCGCCCUCGCCAGGUCUCGGUCAUCAUGAUGGCGUUCUGCAACGGGCGCCGUGGAGAGGGCCCACCGGGCAGCCACUGAGCAUCCCAGCGUGCCCGCCCGGUCUUGUACGCCUGACACAACAAGGCGGCCGGCAGGGCGCCUUAGGCCUCGCGAUGCUAUCCCGAGGCGCGCCGGAUGAUGCGGGAUGGGACCCGUGCAUUAAAUGACCCCACGCCCUCCUGCCAGAAUGUGGUAGGGACUGACACCGAGCGUGGCAGGAGCAGUUGAAGAUGACAGGUCACGCGCCCUCUUAAAUGCGGCAUCGGGCCUUUCACUGGUCGACACCUCACCGCUGGACCUCUGUGGGGGCCACCGGCGAAGGGCUUCUUCGGCCGUUGGGGAACCGAGUGCUCGGGGGUUACUGUUCACAGCCCCGAGUACUCUCUCUCGGAUAUGCCCUCUCGUGGUCCUCGGGGAACCGAGUGCUCGAGGGUCACUAUUCAUGACCCCGAGCACUCUCUCCCGGACUGGCUGUUCAGGUCCUCGGGGAACCGAGUGCUCGGGGGCCGCUGUUCAUGGCCCCAAGCACUCUCUCCCGGAACUAACUCCCCUGGGUCCUCGAGGUACUCGGGUGCUCGGGGGCCGCUGUUCGUAGCCCCGAGCACGCCCUUCUCGGUAGUUGGCUUAUCUGGUCGUCGGGGGACUUGGGUGCUCGGGGGCCACCGUUCACGGCCUCGAGCACUUUCUUCCCGGCACUCGGUCUUCCAGGAUCAUCGGAGAACUCAGGUACUCAGGGACCACUGUUCAUGGCCCCGAGCACCCCCUCCCGGGACUUAGUCUUCUCGUACCUCGCGAAGAUGAUCCCCGCGGGAGGGCGCCAUGUGGCAAACUGCUGGCCUGGCCUUGGGACUCGGGGACCCAUGGUUCCUGAUUCAUCGACAGUGUGCCUAGGUAGAUCUUUGAGGAGUCCACUAUUGAGCUUGACCAUGAGGACGCAACUCUGUUGGACUUCCUCAACGCCGAGCAGAGGGCCGCCUACGAUGAGAUUCUAUCUGCUGUUGACAGUGACGAGGGCGUUGUGUUUUUUGUGGAUGGACCAGGAGGGACAGGGAAGACUUUUCUGUACAAGGCGUUGCUUACAACGAUAUGAGGGUAGGGGAAGAUUGUUGUGGCAACAACUACGUUCGAUGUUGCAGUUUCCAUAAUGCCUGGUGGAAGAACCGCACACUCGCGCUUCAAGGUACCACUGAGUGUUGACGAUGGUGUGUUCUGUAGCUUCUCUAAACAGAGUGGGACUGCCAAGCUUCUGCGGACGGCUUCACUCAUUAUUUGGGACGAAGCCUCCAUGACUAAGAGACAAGCGGUGGAGGCGUUGGACAACAACAUGCGUGACAUAAUGAGCCGACCAGAAUUGCCAUUUGGUGGGAAGACGGUUGUGUUUGGUGGAGAUUUCAGGCAGGUCCUCCUUGUUGUCCGAAAGGGGUCAAGGGCUCAGAUAAUUGAUGCGUCGCUGCGUAGGUCGUACCUAUGGGAUUGCAUGCAUCACCUAAAGCUUGUACGCAACAUGAGGACACAAAGUGACCCGUGGUUUGCGGAAUACCUACUGCGCAUCGGUGGUGGCACUGAGGUGGUCAAUGGUGAUGGCGAUGUACGUCUUCCUGACGAUAUAUGCGUGCCGUAUAUAGGGGAGGACACAGACCUUGAUAAACUGAUAGACAACGUUUUUCCAAUGCUUGAUGAUAAUAUGUCGGAUCCAAACUACAUCACCUCGCGAGCCAUCUUGUCCACAUGAAACGAUUGUGUGGACCAGGUUAAUAUGAAGAUGAUCGAUCUCUUCCGAGGGGAGGAGGUGGUGUAUCAUAGCUUUGAUCGUGCAGAAAAUGAUCCCCAUAACUACUACCCCCCUGAGUUUCUUAACUCGCUGACACUUAACGAGCUGCCUCCACACAUUCUGAAGCUCAAGAUGAACUAUCCUAUCAUAUUACUUAGGAACAUUGACCCCACGAAAGGACUUUGCAAUGGGACGAGGUUGGUGGUCAGGGGGUUCCAGAGAAAUGCCAUCGAUGCAGAGAUUGUGCUGGGGCAACAUGCUGGAAAGAGGGUUUUUCUACCUCGGAUCCCCCUAUGCCCCUCAGAUGAUGAGAUGUUCCCUUUCUAAUUUAAAAGAAAGCAGUUUGCUGUCAGGCUCAGCUUCACCAUGACAGUCAACAAGGCACAGGGGCAGACCAUCCCCAACGUCGGUAUUUACUUGCCCGAGCCGGUGUUCUCUCACGGUCAGUUAUAUGUUGCGCUAUCUAGGGCCAUCGCGAGGGCGAACAUCAGGAUUCUUGCCGUUCUUGCUGAUAACAAAAAAAAAGAAGUGCUCAAAGCAAAGUGAGAUAUACACGAGGAACAUCGUCUACAGAGAGGUCCUUACGGGAUAUGCGAGGUUUAUAAAUUCAUAUAGUGUACAUAGUUAAAUGCCCGUGCGUUGCAACGGGAAUAAAAAAUUUUCACGAGAUAAUACAGAUGACCGAAACAUGUUCUAAAAUAAUAUAACCAUGUCCUUGUUAUUUUUGUUUGAAUUAACAUGAGUAAAAUUCCUGCUAUAGUUGAAGCAAGAGGCAGAGUGUUUGUUUCAAGCUAGAAACAAGAUUUGCAGAGGAUAAGUUGGAGGAUCCAAGACUGGCAAGUGAUAGUAGCAAUGACCUAACACAUUCGGUAAAAAACGAAAAUUUGUCUAGCUUGCCCUCUGUUGCAACUUGCAAGUGAAACAGCAAGCAGCCCAGGAAAGAAACGAAAGAAAGAAAGAUCUGCAAUUUUUAUUGACAUGGCGAUAUACUUUGAUGAAUAGUAAUUACUGUAGCAUCUUUUCCCUGUUUUGUGUUCUAGCAUCUUUUAUUUCAUACUAAUUUCUUUAGUACAAACAACAAGCGGAUGCAAACAGAAAAAAGAAAAAUGAUUCAGAGCAUCCGCUGGAAGCCCAUGUAUUGAUGAUGCAUACUUGUAGCACUUCUUGAAUUAGUCUACAACUCUAUAUGUAGCACUUUUAGAGGUAGCAUGUCUUGCUGCUCAUCCAAAUAAGCUUGCACUUGUCCAACUUCAUCUACAAAGUCCUCCUGAUGAACUUCAAGAUGAAGAUACACAUUAUGUUCUGGCUGUAGCAAGAUUCAGGUCAAAAGCUGGUUGUCCCCCAUUAACUGAAGCUUCAGAUGAGGAAUUUUGCAAAGAGAGAGAGGUACUGCUUUGACUUCCUUGAUCUGCCUGUAAGUUAGGUUCCUUCCAAAGUGCAUCAUCAUUCAAGUUGACCAGGCCGUCCUCAGCAUCAAUGACUUGAUCUUCCUCUGAACAAGGUCAUCCAUUUGCAUGUUAGCCACAGGUUAAUUGAGAUCAACACCCGGACUAUAUUUAGAAUAGCAAGAGAGUAUAAUCCUAUAUUCCAUUUUCCUUGACACACUUCAAGAAAUAAUUUAUGCUCAAGCAUGUUCGAUUAGAUUUUCACCUUGUCAGUCAUUAACUUUUUUUCUCUGUCCUUUUUAUAUCUAUUCAGAUUCUUCCCUUUAUUGGAUUUGCGCUGGCAAAGUUCUUGUUCUACUCGACAGUAACUAUUAUACUUAAGAUAUGCGGAGCAACCAUGCUAAAUCUCUCACUCUUGACCUCAGACAUGUGGGCCGUUCUAAUCCGUAUCUUUGCUUAGCAUGAGAAGGUUGAUUGGAUGUACUUUGUUGCUUUUGCCGGCACAGCAGCUGGCCUCGUGAUAUACUCAUGCAAAUACUGUCCCUUUUACCUAUGUAAUAUGUGCUAAACCUCUGUUUUCUCUGGAUUACAAACUAAGAAGCUUGACACUUUUUAUCUGCAGUUGUGCCCCAUUUGCAUAUAAAUCGAAGGACCUCGCGUUUGGAUGUGGACAUCAGACUUGCGAUAUGGAACGCUGCCCUCUAUGCCAGCAGCACAUAACACAAAGAUCAGGCUCUACUGAUGCCAUGAAGCUUUUGGAAGAAACUCCUACGCAAAAUGUUCAGACCAGCUUUAAUUGUAUUGAUCUUUGUCUUGUAAUUGGUGUCUUGGUCUUAAGUAGAUAGUGCUGCUGUCACUGUCCCAGUAAGGCACAACUGUAGUUUAACUAUAGAAGUUAGUGUUAAAAAAGCGCACCAAAAAAUAAUGUACAUACUCCUCCCUUUCUUCUGUACAUCAUCCUGGAUGAGACAAUGAAUAUUGUCUGAACAUGCAUAUUGUCUGUACAUCAUCCUGGAUGAGACAAUGAAUAUUGUCUGGAUGCGACAAUGAAUAUUGUCUGUAUAUCAUCCUGGAUGAGACAAUGAAUAUUGUCCCUU